CCUUGAUUUAUCGUCUUCCUGGAGUGUUAACUUGGCCCACAAGUAAUGUGAUUAUUGAAGAGUCUCAGCCAGAGAAAAUAAAGAUGCUAUUAGAGAAAUUUGUUGAAGAAUGCAGGUUCCCUCCAGUGCCAGAUGCCAUUUGUUGCUAUCAGAAGUGCCGUGGAUAUUCCAAAAUCCAGAUAUAUAUAACCGAUCCAGACUUUAAGGGUUUUAUACGAAUCAGCUGUUGCCAAUACUGUAAAGUAGAAUUUCAUAUUAACUGCUGGAAGAAGUUAAAAACAACAACCUUUAAUGAUAAAAUUGACAAGGAUUUUCUACAAGGAAUUUGUCUAACCCCUGAUUGUGAAGGUAUCAUUUCUAAGAUUAUCAUCUUUAGCAGUGGUGGUCAAGUAAAAUGUGAAUUUGAACACAAGGUUAUAAAAGAAAAGGCUCCUCCAAGACCUAUUCUGAAACAGAAGUGUUCUAGCCUAGAGAAGCUAAGACUAAAAGAAGACAAAAAGUUGAAGAGAAAGAUCCAAAAAAAAGAAGCAAAAAAAUUAGCACAAGAAAGAAUGGAAGAGGACUUAAGAGAAAAUAAUCCACCCAAAAAUGAAGAGCAGAAAGAAACUGUAGACAAUGUUCAGAGUUGCCAGUUCCUUGAUGACAGAAUUCUACAGUGCAUAAAGCAGUAUGCUGACAAGAUUAAAUCUGGUAUACUGAAUACUUCCAAGCUUCUCAAAGAAUUGCUUUCUUGGAAAGUUUUGAGCACAGAAGACUAUACAACCUGUUUUUCUAGCAGAAAUUUUCUAAAUGAAGCAGUGGACUAUGUCAUUCGUCACUUGAUUCAAGAAAAAAGUAGAGUAAAGACAAGGAUAUUUCUGCAUGUUUUGAGUGAGCUUAAAGAAGUGGAGCCCAAAUUAGCCACCUGGAUCCAGAAACUUAACAGCUUUGGCUUAGAUGCCACAGGAUCUUUUUUUUCUCGUUAUGGAGCAUCUCUUAAGGAACUUGAUUUCAGCAUCAUGACUUUUCUUUGGAAUGAGAAAUAUGGUCAUAAACUAGACUCUAUAGAAGGAAAGCCACUUGAUUAUUUCUAUGAACCAGCAUCCUUGAAGGAAGCACGUUGUUUAAUAUGGCUGCUAGAAGAACACAGAGACAAGUUCCCAGCAUUGCAUAGUGCUUUAGAUGAAUUCUUUGAUAUAAUGGACAGCCGCUGUACUGUAUUAAGGAAACAAGACAGUGGUGAAGCACCGUGUAGUUCUACCAAGGUGAAAAACAAAGGCAAGAAAAAGAAGCCAAAAGAUUCAAAACCUAUGUUAGUUGGGUCUGGAACAACCUCAGUAACACCAAAUAAUGAGACUGUUACUUCAGGUGAAGACCAUAACCGAUGCAAUUCAGAUUCUGCAGGCCCGUUUGCAGUGCCUGAUCAUCUUCGUCAAGAUGUAGAAGAAUUUGAAGCUCUCUAUGACCAACACAGUAAUGAAUAUGUUGUCCGCAAUAAGAAACUGUGGGACAUUAACCCAAAACAAAAAUGUUCAACUUUAUAUGAUUAUUUUUCUCAGUUGUUGGAGGAACAUGGUCCCUUGGACAUGAGUAACAAGAUGUUCUCUGAAGAAUAUGAGUUUUUUCCUGAAGAAACUCGACAGAUACUAGAAAAAGCAGGAGGUCUAAAAUCUUUUCUCCUGGGAUGUCCUCGUUUUGUUGUGAUUGACAACUGUAUUGCAUUGAAGAAAGUUGCAUUACGGCUCAAGAAAAAGAGAAAGAAGAAAAACAUUAAAACAAAAGUAGAAGAAGUUUCAAGAACGGGAGAGUAUUUACGAGUUAAACUACCACUGAAUCCAGCUGCUAGGGAAUUUAAACCAGAUGGAAAGUCCAAACCAGUUUCUGAUUUAUCUUCAGCACCAGCUUCUGAGGAUAUGAAGCCCAAACCUGUGCCUGCUAAUUCUCCCAAACCAGCUUGUGAAGAUGUGAAGCCCAAACCGGUAUCUGAUAAUUCUUUAAGACCAGUUUCUGAGGAUGGAAAACCCAAAGGAGUCUCUUCUAAUUCUCCCAAACCAGUCUCUGAGGAUGCAAGUAAAAAGCGAGUCUCCUCUAAUUCUCCCAAACCAGUUCUUGAAGAUGUGAAACCAACCUAUUGGACUCAAUCCCACUUGGUCACAGGAUAUUGUACAUAUCUUCCUUUUCAAGGAUUUGACAUCAACCAGACGCCGCCAACAUAUAUAAAUGUGUUACCAAGUUUGCCCCAGUACACCAGCAUAUACACAUCUUUGGCCAGCAUUUCUUCCGAGUAUCAGUUGCAAAGAUCAAUACCAGUGGUGCCAUCUUUUGUAGCCAGUGACAGAGCAGAUAAAAAUGCCACUGCUUAUUUUGAGGGUCAUCAUUUGAAUGCUGAGAAUGCUGCUGAUAACCAGAUUGUCUCUGAAACACAGAUCCUUGAGGACUCUUUGGGAGUAUCUGUAAAGUCACAGUGUAGCACAGGUGAUGCUAAUACACCCCCAAGUGAGUCUAACAGAAAUGAUGGACACUGUGGGAAUUCUAACAAUAAAUGUGAAGUAAAUCCUGAAAGUACCAAUGCAGUAACAAAUAUUCCACAUACACAGAUGGUUGCCAUACAGGUAUCUUGGAACAUAAUACACCAAGAAGUCAAUACUGAACCUUAUGAUCCUUUUGAGGUAGAACAGGGGGAUAUUUCACAGAUUGAAAAAGAGUACCAGGAAUUACAAGAGCAGCUCAAGAAAGCACGUGAAAAUUAUGAGCAGAUAAAACUCAAGGGCUCAGAAGAGACCAGGGACCUGGAAGAAAAAUUAAAAAGGAACUUAGAAGAAAACAAGAUCUCAAAGACGGAAUUAGAUUGGUUCCUCCAAGAUUUGGAAAAAGAAAUUAAAAAAUGGCAACAAGAGAAAAAAGAAAUCCAAGAAAGAUUAAAAGCACUGAAGAAGAAAAUUAAAAAGGUUUUAAGUGCCAGUGAAAUGUACACCCAGAAAAAUGAUGGAAAGGAUAAAGAACACGAAUUACAUCUGGAUCAGUCCCUUGAAAUCAGUGAUACAUUCACAAAUGAGAAAAUGAAAAUAGAAGAGUGUAUAAAGAAAGGGAAAGAAAAUUAUGAAGAGAAUCAUCAAAGAGCUGUGGCUGCAGAGGUAUCAGUUCUUGAAAACUGGAAGGAGAUUGAAAUAUGUAAGUUACAGAUCAUUGAAUCACAAGCAGAAGACUAUCUUAAGAAUCUUAAGCUAAUGAGCAGUGAUUCUGCAGCAUAUCCCGACAUGGAGUCUGAUAUUUGUUCAUGGGAGUCCUUCCUUUCUAAUGUUGCAAAAGAAAUUGAGAAAGUAAAGUCUCAGUUUGAGGAACAGAUUAAGGCAAUAAAAAAUGGUUCUCAGCUCAGUGAACUUCCUAAAGUACAGAUUUCUGAACUUUCAUUUACUGCCUGUAGCACAGUUCAUCCUCAGUUACUUCCUGAGUCUUCAGGCCAUGAUGAUCAGGGGCUGGUGACUUCUGCAAGUGAUGUGACUAGAAACCAAACAACCGUUCACGAGGAUUCAGGUCUCUUUUCUGCCAGAGAUUUCCCAGUGGAGGCUCCUUCUGUGCUGUUGCCAGAAUCACUCUCUGGUGAGCCUGAAGUUGCUGGGCUGCCAGCGCCUGGGAAGGCUGGCCAGGCAGCUCCUUCAAAUCAAAGCCUCGUGGCUGACCAGAAACUACUUACUCGUUCGAACCAGUCUCCAAAAAAGCCUUUCAAUAGUAUUAUCGAGCACCUGUCAGUGGUGUUCCCGUGUUAUAGCAGCACUGAGCUUGCUGGUUUUAUUAAAAAAGUACGGAACAAAAAUAAGAACUCACUAUCAGGAUUGAGUAUUGAUGAAAUUGUCCAAAGAGUGACAGAACACAUUCUAGAUGAACACAAAAAGAAAAAGCCACAUCCAGGAAAGGACAAGAGAACCUCUGAACCCAGCUCUGCCACUUCUGUGACCAGGGUCUCCCAGGGUCCACCCUCGGUGAUUGUUGGACCAUCAUCCAAAACCAAGGGGCAGAAAACAGAAGAUGUUCCUUGCUUUAAGCAAUGGCUUAAAGGGCAGAGCACCUGCCCAGCUUGCUGUGACCGUGAUCUCCUGUCAGAAGAGUAGUCUGCACCUUCUGGAAGAAGCCAGCCUAGUGAAAAUUGGGAACCACCUUUCUGCUACUCUAGGUAGUCACACUUCACCAAAACAAAAUUUACCAGCGUGUUGAAUUGGAAGAACAACAAUAUACUACCUUUGGUAUAAAAAGCAAACAUUUGAAGACUCUCUUGCAUUGUUUGUAUAAAGUUAAUAAAUGGAAAUCUUUAAUACAGUUGAUAUAAAGUAAUUUCCCUUCUCUGAUCAAAUACUAUGAUGAUAGCCAAGUAGUGGCUAAUAAAAUGAUGUGUAACUACAUUCUUACAUUGCUGGGGCUGCUUCAGAGGGACUCUCUGAUAUGGGUGGCAUCUUUUGGGGAGUAUUGUGAGCGCCUCAAAGCAGCACUUGAAUUAUAAGAAUUUUUAAUCUGUUCACGUGCCCCAGUUUCCCCUUUUGGGUUUGAAAAAUCUGUUCUAAAAGCUCCACAAGAGAGAUACUGACCUUUUAAAAUUUUUCUGAAAUUCAGCAUUUCUGAAAAUAUGCCUACAUUUUCCUCAAAGAUUCUGCAUUUUUAAAAAAUGGGCUUAAAGCAAACCACAUUUUAACAAUUUAUAGGUAAUAUUAAAUAUUGGCUGAUUUAGACCAAAAGAUUAAAAUCUCCUCUUCCUGAAACACCAUGUGCUUUUAAUUUUUCAUUUCAUUGUUUUAUUUUCCCCCAUAGAUUUUUUAAGUGCUUAUUACUUCUUAUCUUUUAAAGAUGUGAUCAGAUUUUUGAAAAUCACUUACAAAAUCCCUUUUUAUUAGGAUCAGCCAAAACUUUUUUACCCCCUAGAAUUGAGGCAAUGUGUUCAUCAUACCAGCCCCACAUUUGGAACUUACUCUUUGAAUAGUCUCUUCUUCUCACUAGUAGCAUUUGUUGUCUUUAUGAGUCAGUCCACAAGUGCUUUGAGAUCCACAUCUAGCAAAGUGCUGAGCACAGGACAAGCACUGUGUGGAAACAGUCACCAUCAUUCGCCUUCCUCAUCCCACCACCAAAAAGAGAAGCCUGUGUAAUUAGACAAUCCUGAGAUGUCCGUGGUACAGUUGUUCUGUGUUUGACAUUUGUGUAAAGUAGUGCAUGCAACCUUGUACUGUGGCCUGAGAACAAAACUGUAACUGCAUUAGAAACUUUAAAAACUAGGUAUCUUUCAGUGACUUAUAGACAGUGGUCAAUAUAGAAACAUGAAUUCUGGACACAUUCCAUUUCUGCCAAACAUGAAGGAUCAAAAAAUGUUUUUCAAUGUGUUCUUUGUUCUACUGCAAACUUGGAGUCAUGAGUGUAAUGAGCUGAUUUGGUCACCUUCCUGCCUCUGUUCAGUGUGAGUUUUGAUGUCUUAUGACUUAGUCCCUAAACGCUCACUCCUUAUUUUGAAACAUUCUCUGUGGUGGUCUUUAAAACAUGGUCUGCGUAUUCAUACUGAUUGAGAGCUGUAGGUAUGAAAAUACACAGAGACCAGUUUGUAGCAACAGGUACAAAGGAGAAGAGCAGCUGUCAAGUGAGAGGACAUUAUUCUGUACAUAACUUCACAUUCUUGUGAACAUGCCUUAUAUUUGUCCACUAACUGUCAGAAUAAAGAGCAUUCUAAAAUAGUA